AUGGCAUCUUUAACUUCCGCUAAACUAUGCUUCCUGCCUUAUUGCCUUGUCAUCUUGUUGUAUGUUUCAUCACCAAAUUGGGUUGCUUUUCCUUAUGCUACUUCUACUUCUCAUACUGAAGCAAAGGCUCUUCUCAAAUGGAAAGCCAGCUUAUUUCUAAAUCAAGCCCUCAAUAACCUCACCUGGUACGACCCUCCCACUCAUAAUAUUAACGCCACCAAUUCUUCCACCACCAAUCCAAAACCAGGAACAAGCCCAUGCACUUGGACUGGUGUUUCAUGCAACGCAGCUGGAAGUGUUAGCAAGCUAACCCUUUCCACUUGUGGUAUUCAAGGUACGCUACAUGAGUUUUCAUUCUUGUCCUUCCCUAAUCUUGAAUAUCUUAACCUCAGCUUGAACAAACUCUUUGAUGUCAUCCCACCUCAAAUCAGCUACCUUUCCAAACUCCACCAUCUCGAUCUCUCCCAGAAUCAGUUCUCUGGGAAAAUCCCACCAGAAAUCGGUUUCCUAAGAAAUCUUAGGUUUCUUAGUCUCUCUGACAAUACAUUUUUUGGGAAUAUUCCAAAUGAGAUAGGCAACCUAAAAUCUCUAGUGUAUCUAGCGUUGUCCUACAACAAUUUAAGUGGUCUCAUUCCUCCAAAUAUUGGUAACUUAAUAAAGCUAAACACUUUGUACUUGAAUAACAAUCAUCUUUCUGGUUUGAUUCCCAAGGAGAUAGGGAACUUGAAAUCUCUUGUGAAGUUAGGAUUAAACAGUAAUCAACUUCACGAUUCAAUUCCAGCCUCAUUUGCUAACUUGAGCAACUUGGAGAUCUUACAUCUACGGGAUAACCAACUUUCCGGCUCCAUUCCCCAAGAGUUAGAAAAUCUCAAGAAUUUGACUAAACUGUACUUGGAUACAAACCAAUUCUCUGGUUAUUUGCCCCCAAAUAUUUGCCAAGGUGGAAAACUCACAAACUUUUCGGUAUUCAGAAACUAUUUAACUGGUCCAAUCCCCAAAAGCUUGAAAAACUGCACAAGCUUAUUCAGAGUCCGUCUUGACCAGAACCAAUUGACAGGAAAUAUAUCUGAAGACUUUGGCAUUUAUCCGAAUCUUGAUUUUAUAGAUGUAAGCCAUAACAACUUGUAUGGAGAAAUCUCACACAAUUGGCAAAAAUGCCCAAAGUUGACAGCCCUACGACUUGCGGGAAACAACCUUACUGGGAGCAUCCCACCUGAGAUAGGCAAUGCAACCCUAUUACAUGAGCUAGAUCUCUCUUCGAAUCAUUUAGUUGGGUUGAUUCCAAUGGGAUUCGGGAGACUGACUUCUUUGGAGAGGUUAAUGUUGAAUGGAAAUCAACUUUCGGGUCGUAUACCUUCUGAAUUCGGAUCAUUGACUAAUCUUGAUUAUCUUGACUUGUCAACAAAUAAAUUCAGUGACUCAAUUCCCAGCAUUCUAGGUGACUUGCUCAAAUUAUACCAUCUGAAUUUGAGCAACAACAAGUUAUCUCAAGCAAUUCCACUUCAGUUGGGGGAGUUAGUUCAAUUAAACGAACUGGAUUUAAGUCAUAACUCUCUUGAAGGUAGCAUACCAUCAGUAAUGAGCAAUAUGGAGAGUUUGGUGACGCUCAAUCUUUCCCACAACAAUCUUUUGGGUUCCAUACCAUCAAGUUUCGAAAAGAUGCACGGCUUGUCGUACGUUGACAUAUCCUACAAUCACUUGAAAGGUCCCCUUCCCAACAUCAAUGCAUUUCGAGAAGCUCCAUCAGAAAGAUUGAAAGGGAACAAAGGAUUGUGUGGCAAAGUUGGAGCUAUGCUACCACCCUGCAAUGCACAUGGCUCAAAAAAGGACCACAAGGUCAUAUUCUCUGUUCUAGCAGUAUUGGUACUUCUAUUUGCUCUCUUUACAAUUGUCUUUGCAAUAGUGCAAAUAAAGAAGAAGCAUCAAGAUACUAAACAAAACCACAUGCAUGGAGAAAUUUCCUUUUCGGUUUUAAAUUUUGAUGGAAAAUCAAUGUAUGAUGAAAUCAUAAGGGCAACAGAAGAUUUUGAUUCCACAUAUUGCAUUGGGAAGGGAGGACAUGGAAGCGUCUACAGAGUAAAUUUGUCAUCUGGAGACGUAGUGGCCGUGAAGAAACUCCAUCUGCUAUGGGAUGGCGGGAUAGAAUUUCAAACAGAGUUCUUCAAUGAAGUAAGGGCACUUAGUGAGAUAAGACAUCGGAAUAUUCUGAAGCUCUAUGGUUUCUGUGCACAUAAACGACACUUGUUUUUGGUGUAUGAAUAUCUUGAAAGAGGCAGCUUAGCAGAAAUGUUGAGCAAAGAUGAAGAAGCUAAAGAUUUGGGGUGGAGUAAAAGGGUGAAUAUUGUUAAAGGCUUAGCUCAUGCCUUGUCUUACAUGCACCACGAUUGCUUGCCACCGAUUAUAAGACAUUAA